AUGGCUACUCGAUUGAAGGUAUCUAAGGCCUGCAUCAAUUGCCGUCGAAGGAAAGCAAAAUGUGACGGCCAGCAUCCCACCUGUGGACCUUGUCUUGGGAGAAGGGAAACUGGGUGUAUAUAUACUGGGCAGAGAGACCGGCGUAGUGGCAGAUCCGAAUUGUCACGGUCGUUGGCCGUGCAAAGCAGGGUAACGAAACCGGCAUCCCCAAUCAGGCCCUUAUCGACUGUGUCUUCACAUCCAGCUGCCGAGACCUUCCUAUCCGAGUCAGGAUUGUUGAGCUGUCGUUCAACUGAGUCUGUGUUAUCAUCACACGAGAAUCGUUUACCAAGGAAUACUGAGGGUCCGUUGGGCACGGAGGUCCUUGGUCCCAAGACUAAUUCUAAGAGUACUGAUGUUGCGGUACCUCUGGCCGGAGACUCCAUACUCGACACACGUUUCUUCGGUGGAAGCAGCGCGAGUUCAUUCUUGAAGCAAAUUAACCUAGCGAUCGAUGCUCGACUGGGACAACCGCUACUGGCGGGGGGCGGCCGGGAGUACAACUUGGCUCCGAGACCAAGUCUUGCCCAUGCUGGCAACGCCUCGAAGCUGAACCCAGAAGAUCCUCAAAGCUACAUACUUCCCAGCAGAAGGUUUGCUAAUAGUCUCCUACAAGCUUACUAUGAUCUUGUUUGGGCAACAUUUCCGAUUCAUGAUUGGGCCGUAUUUAAAGACGCUUAUGAUUCCGUAUGGCAGGGAACAGAGCCGGGAAUCCCUGAACCAACACUAUACUGCUUGAUGAACCUGAUAUUCGCCUUAGGUAGUCAGUUCUCCGAGGCCGUAGAACCGGAUCAGAGAAGGCAGGUAGGUGAGGUAUUUUGGAACCGGGGUUUCAAGCUAUUUGGAUCCCCUUCUGAUGGUCGUGCAUCUAUCGAGCGGGUUCAAUGCAUGCUAUUGAUGGGGCUAUAUCUGCAAAGUACGUGCGAGAUUCAUGAAUCCUGGAUGACCAUCGGCUCUGCCAUCCGGAUGGCUCAAAGCCUCGGUCUCCACCUGCCGAUGGCCCAGAAUUCGGAUCGUCGAGAGACAGAAAUGGCUCGCAAAGCCUGGCAUGGCUGUGUGUAUCAAGAUCAAAUCAUGUCCAUGACUUUUGGGCGGCCUAGCACGAUCAAUAGUGGCCCCUUUGAUCAUGUUCCAUUACCAAAGAUGAUCGACGAUGAGUUUUUAGACACUCAGACCCAGCCCUCCGCCACUCGACCAGAUGGGGGUAAAAGUAUGAUGGCGUUCUUUGUCAAAAGCCUUGAGUUGUUCAACAUUGCCAACGAUAUUCAAUAUGAGGCCUACCGGCAACAGAGGGGCGUCCGGGAUGGGGAGGUAAAUCACCUCAUUUCGGUAUUUCGGUUGGACAAUCGCCUCGUUCAAUGGGCCCAGACAUUGCCUGUUCACUUGCAUUACAGUGAAAGCAUUCAGGAGGGCGAAAGCCUAGCCUUUCGGAGACAACGUGUCGUUCUUCGCGCUCGCUAUCUCUAUGCACGAAUCAGCCUUCUUCGACCUAUACUUGCAGAACUGUAUCUUGAAGAGGCUAGUUCUGGUAGUUCGGAGCUUCCGAAGGAGAAAACGCUUCGCCAGCCUUUGAUGGUAGAGUGUACGGUGCUUUGUUUUCAAUUGGCACACGAGAUGAUCGACGUGCUUUACUCCAACUUUAAUCAUGAGACCGUCACUGGCCCGGUUCCAGCAUGGUGGUUUGGAGUUCUAUUCAUCUACACCGCCGCAACAGUCCUCCUUGCGAAGCGCCUGCAGCCACUUGGAAAACAUCAUAUUCCUUACCAUUCAGAUACGCAGAAUGACGCCUGGGAAAGAGCCAUCCAGAUGUUGCAAGCCUACUCACGAGUGAGCCAGUCCGCCCAGCGCUGCAUCGCCGCUCUCGAGAUAUUGUUGGCCAAGGUCCAGAACGCUGGCCUCAACAGGUCAUCCGAAGGGGUAAACAUGGAAACAAGGUUUCCUCUUGACGAGAUGCAUAGAGCAUCGGUGCUUGAUGAACCGACGAUAUUGGGCAGAGGAGAAGAUGCGGAUGCCUUGGUGGACUUUGGGGGUUUCAAUUUUAACAUUGAUGAUAUGUUUUGGCUAAAUGCUCCGUUGACGGACUUUUUGUUCUAA